GGCAACAUGUCUACCACAGCCGCCGCGCAGCAGAACAACAAUGAAGAACCAGGACUGAACGGGUCCUGGGUGGAGCUGGAGAUGAAUGGGAACACAGGGCCUGCGUCGCUGCAGCUGAACCCCACUCUACCCUCAUCUCUCGUCGGGAACGGAAAUGAGGGUGAGCCCCAGAUAGUGCAAGCCCUCCAGGCCGUGCAGGAGCAGCAGCAGCAGCAGGAGGAGGAGGAGGAGAACCUGACAGGAGGGCUUGAGCACGUGCCGUCGUCCUCCUCCAUCCAUAACGGAGACAUGGAGAAGAUCCUGCUGGAUGCCCAGCACGAGUCUAGUCCCAGUAGCUCUUCCUGUAACAGUCCCCCUAGACCCCAUAGUCCUGACCACGACGAGGGUCAAAUCACUUUCGACGUGGAGAUGCCCAGUGGGAGAGAGAGCCUGUCAGAAGAUGACAGCCUGGAGAAAGACAAAGAGGAUGAGAUUUUAAUGAAUAAAGGAGAGAAGUGGGUGGCAGACUGGUCCAGUAGGCCUGAAAAUGUUCCUCCCAAGGAGUUCCAUUUCCGGCACCCAAAGCGUUCGGGCUCAAUGUCUCUCAGCAUGAGAAAGACAGGCGCCAUGAAGAAAGGGGGGGUGUUUUCCGCUGAGUUCCUCAAAGUGUUCAUUCCUUCCUUGCUGCUGUCUCACAUCCUUGCCCUUGGACUGGGCGUCUACAUUGGGAAGAGGCUUACGACACCCUCCACUAGCUCGUUUUAAACCCAAGACGGUACCAGUGCCUGGAAGUGGAAUCUGAAGUGUUGACAACGCAAUGUGUCCAAACAUCUCCACUUGUGCUUAUAAAUGCUCUAUCUCCCUUCCCCUCCGCUUCAUCCUGUUUUCCUAAUCUCUCUUUUUCACUCUCAUCUCCUCUCAUCCAUUUCAUCAUCUCUCCCCUCUCCUCUCAUCUCUUGGUGUUAAAUGCCCACAAAGCACUGAGAGAGGUUCUGCUGGUCAACCCUGUGUUGUUAUUAUUAUU